AUGUCCGUCCAAGAGUCGAGCCGGCGACUGGCGGCGCGCGAGGCGGGGGGUCGUGGCGACGCGGCCGGCUCGCAGCGCGCAAUCGCGGGGGCGGGCGCGCUCAUUGCAGCCUCACGGCCGCCGCCGCCGCCACCUCCCCUCUCGCGGACGCCGCCGCCGUGCCGGUCAUCGCCGCCGCCGCCGCCCGCCGCCGCCGCCGCCGCCCCCGCCGUGGCCGAGCAGCACCGGUGCCCGGGCGUCGCGCAUGAGGACAUGCAGCGCAGCGCCCUGCGAGGACGCGCCCCGGUGCGCCGCGGACGAAUAUUUCUGUCCGGUGCGGGGCGCGGUUCGGCGCCCUCUGCUCUUACUCGGAAGACCAUCUCUCGGACGGCCACCAUACUCCAGGGAUGUGACAGUGCAGAGCCGGAAAUACACUCGGGCGAGAUUUUUCUUCCAAAAAUUUACCGCCUCUCUGAAAUUGCUACCGUGGGCACGACUACAUGUUGCCAAAGUAUGAAGACGGGCCGGCCGGUGUGGCCGUACGGUUAA